AAGGCCGCUAAAACCAUGCAGAAGAAACCUGCCGAGAACAAGCGACCGCAGCCGCCGAGCCGCGUAGAGCCCGCUCCAGAUCUUACGGACUUCAUGAAUGAUUGGUUCUUCGGGAGCGUGCCCGUGGACCCUACAAGAACUUAUAACUUGACAGGUGGACAUUUGAACGAAGAAGAAGAAGAGGAAGGAGAAGAUGAUUAUUACGAGGGGCCGAGGAGUGGCACCAGUAGUAAACUAACUCAGGAGUGGCUUGAAGAAGCCAAACGCAUGGUUGCUAUGUCUCCCGGUCGGCAUGAAUCACCUUCUCGGCUCGUUGGUUCCCCUAGGUUCGCUGCAGCAAAAGCGAGCGCUUCAUUGGCGUUCAUUGAGCGGCGUGACCCGCUGUCAAGAUCAGCGAGGAGGCAUAGAUCCGGGGAAAGCUUUAGCGGAGAAAUCCUCUCGAAAACAGUGAAACAUGGUAGAAAUAGGUCGGAGACCUUCGAACCACAACAGCUAAAUCGACAAACCAGCGAUAAAUUGCCUGCUUCUUCUGUCCAGCAAUGGUUUUCCAACGUAUUAAAACUCGACUCAAAGCAGCAACAACAGCAACAGCAGCAACAACCACAACAGCAAGAAGACUCGUUGGAUGAGUACAAUCCAGCAGUCCAGCAGCUGCGUCCACCGAGACAGGCCAUCCGUCGAAAAUCCCGAUUCCAAGAUGACAUCUCAGACCAACAAACUGCUGCCAGGCCCGUCUUAUCAAGAAGGACAUUUAGGGCUGGUGCACCUGACCCUGAAAAUCCGCUCCUUUCCCCGCCCAAGAAUCUCGUUGAGUCUACUCACCGGCGGUCGAUUUCAUCGUCCACGUGCUCGCUCGACAAGCUGUCCAGGCCAGACGCCGAUGUCGUGAAAGAAGGACCGAAGCCAGGCUCGGACGAAGAAGUUGGAGUUGGACGGUUGAAUUCGUUUCUCAAGGAUCAAAGGGCCAAGAUUGGGAUGAUUUCCAGUGGAGAGGUCUCCGCCAAGGCCAGGAUCAUUCUCUCUGGAUCUUCCAACAGCACGAGUUCCAUGGUGGCUGCAAUUUGUUAUGCGUGGCUGUUGGAAAACAAGGAGGAUGAGGAGGAAGGUUGGAGUGUGGUGGUUCCUGUGAUGAAUAUGAAGAGAGGGAGGAUGUGGAAGCAAAGGCAAGCUGCUUGGCUUCUCCACCAUGUAGGGAUUGAUGCUACUGCUAUACUCUUCUCUAACGAGGUGGAUCUGGAGAGUCUGGUUAUGGCCAAGCAACUCAGUGUCCUGGUCAUUGGACAAGAUGUUCUCAGAAAGAACGGCGAGGUGGGAUCGCAAUGCACUAUUCUCACAGAUAAUUACUGUGAAGAUGCUUAUGAACUACUUCAGACGCCUUAUUUGAAAACACUAUUGCUUGCAGGUAUUCUUUUAGAUACACAGAAUUUGAAUGCUACAGCUAAAUUCUCAUCAAAUAAAGACGCAGAAGCAGUACAGUUGCUGCUAGUUGGAUCUUCCCCAAAUCAAAGAUUCGAACUUUAUGACCAACUGAUGCAAGAUCAGCAAGAGAACUCUUUUCUUGAAGCUCUGUCAUACAAUUAUGUGAAGCCGUCAAAUGAGAGUGACGAUGAGAAUGAAGCACCUACGGAGCAUAGGGUUCCAGUGAGAAAGUCAACCUCCAGUCCACAGCAAGACAUCAACACAAGAGCUUCUAAUAUAAUCCCAACUGAUACAGAGAACAUAAAGAUCCAGGCAGUUUCACCAAAAUCAGCUGCAGCUAGAAAGAAGCCAUCGGCAGCAACAGUUCCGGUUCCAACCCCUACGCAGGCAGCUGGACCUGCUCCUCGUGGCAAGAACAAGUUCUUUUUGGCUAAAUGGUUUGGCUUAGGUUCAAAAUAGGAGGAAAGGCUUUUCAACACUUGAGAUUGAUGGCCGAAAUGGUGAGCUGAACAUAGAUGAUCAUGGAAGUGAGUUUCCUCUAAAUUAAGGGCGGGAAAGCUGCAUCAUGCAAUAACUCAUGUUAUUGUGUCAUUGCAACAUCCCUCUUGGUUCGUCAGUUAUCAGGCUGCUGUUUCUCAAUCUUUAAAGGCAAUGAUAUAGUGCAAGUCCCGAUUAUUUUGAUCUCAUUUCAAUUAUACUGAAAGUGGUCAUGGUUGUUAAUUCUUAAUUUGUUUUUCUUUUCCAAACAAUAAGAUGGAGAGUUGUUAGUGGUAGCCCUGCUUUUUAGUGUGUCUAGGUGGAAUAGAACAAACUAGGACGUUGGUUAUUAUUUUAUUUUAUGUUUGUGUUUACGAAAGAACAUUAUUGAAGUAGAUACUUUUGAUUCCUUUGA